AUGGACUUGCAGGCUUUUAUUCUUUGUGGUAAUGGGAGGGCCCUAACCCCUUUCACGCAUACGCGAGGCGAAACGGGCUUGGUUAAAGCGCUUUUGCCCGUGGCCAAUAGACAUAUGAUAGAGUACGUUUUAGAUUGGUGCGAGCAGGGUGGUUUUGGCGAAAUUGGAAUAGUAGCGUCAACAGAAGAUUUAGAAGAAAUCCAGGAGGCUCUCAGAUCAUACAUGGAAAUCCGCAAACGUCAAUAUGAGCUAUUGGCCCAACAUGGAGGAACUGGUGUUCAUGGAAUAGCACCCUGCCAACCAAUUCCCAUCCGCUUUGUGGCUGCCCGGCAUGACACUACGGGUGCAAUAUUGCAGCAAGAACUUCUUCCCCGUAUCAAAGGCGAUUUCGUUCUAUUGCCGUGCGACUUUGUUACGGAAGUUCCUCCACAGAUUUUUAUUGAUCAGUUUCGUAACAGAGACCCCGACAAUCUAGCCAUGGCCGUCAAAUAUCGCAACAAUUUAGACAGUAUUGACAAGAAGCAACUGGAUGUUUCGUAUACUGUAUAUUCUGAGAACAACGACUCUGUGAAACAGCCCGUGCUUCUGGACUCGUAUUCGAAAGAGGAUGUCGACAAAUCCAAGUAUUUGCAACUGAGAUCACACCUACUGUGGCGGUAUCCAAAUCCAUCGGUGUCCAAGAAAUUACUGGAUGCGUCGAUCUAUUUCUGUUCUUACGAGCUCACGGAACUGUUAGCGCCGCUCGGUCUCACUACAGCCCGCUCGGAAACUGAGUCUGACAAUGACGACGAACCCAUCAUAAGCAUACACAAGCGUCAAUCAAUUCAGCCCAUCCGCUUUCGUGUCAAGAACAGGCUCGUAAAGGAUCCAAUAAAUUGUGACAAGUCGCUUUACAAACUUUUCCGCGAUCUUGCGAGGCGUUCUUGGCAACACUCAUCUUCCCGCGAAACUAUUGGUGUCUUCAUUCUGCCUAGCUUGGGCUCCUUUAUCCGUUCCAAUGUUUUGAGCGCAUACAUGGAAGCGAAUAGAUACAUGCUAAGAGUCAAAUCAACACUCUUUGCAGCACAGGCCCAGCCUUCUCUGGGUAACGCAAUUGGAGGUGAUUCCGUAGUUGGCGCCAACAGUACCAUUUUGGAAAGAACAAGUAUCAAGCUGUCUGUCCUUGGCAAGAACUGUCAAAUAGGCAAACGCUGUCGCAUUGUGGGAUCAGUCAUUCUAGACAACGUACAGAUCGAGGACGAAUGUGUGCUCGAGAACGUCAUUGUUGGUAAUUUUGCGAAAGUGGGUAAAAAAUGUAAGCUCACAAACUCCUACAUUGAGGGCUCCUAUAUCGUUAAUCCUAAGACUAUUGUGAAGGGCGAAACGCUGACGCAUAUUUACCUUGAGGAAAGUGACGAAAGUGCCGGUUCUCUGGAAACUUCUGAAGAAGAAGAAACCACUGAUUACAGUGAAGGCUAUGACGAUGACGAAUUUGAAGAUGAUGGGCUUUUCGAGCGUUAA